CAACGGGCCAACCAAGAAGCCAGUGAUACGGGUCUCAAGAUCUCAUGGCUAUCGAGGCCACUUGAUGAGAUCGAAUUUUUUCCAUGAUUCUCAAUCGAGUAGCUCGCCUUUCUGCAAACUUCCCAGGAUCAAUUUUGAUAUCUCCUUGUCCCGAUCGCAUUCACGAUCUUUUCUCAGAGGUUGUCAUUAUAUCAUAUACUUCACAUGGUGACCAUCGCCCAACUCCUUCGAGAAUAGCAACUUUGACGAACUGAUCGUCGAUUCUAUGCAAUAACAACUCCUGCACCUUUCCUACCAACACCAUGCCACUAAUCUCAACCCCUUCUUCCUCUCACUCAGCAACCCCCGACCCCCCCUCUCCCCCGUUCCCCCAAUUCUCCGCUCUGCCCCCGAACUGCGACACCAACGUCUCCCCGCCCCACCUCUACCUCGACUCGCGCCGUCUAGACCCCUCCGACUCGGACGCCGAAGUCUCAACCUACGACCCUUCCGCCUGGCAAACCCGGCUCGCGUUGCGGCAAACGUGUCGUGAGGCUCGGCAAAUCUGCGUAAUCCCCCCAGACAAGGUCCUCACUCUGCCCUUGGUCCUCCCUGAUCCUAACCAGGACUUGAACCUCUGCAUCCGCGCAGGCGACGGCCAACUGCGCUCGUUAACCCCGUUCUCGAACCGUGACGUCAAACCAGGAGUCUACACCCACCGCAUCACCCGUUCAAUCAAUCUGCUCUCCACCGACGACAUGAUUGUCUUCGCGCUCGAGAAUUGCAGCUUCAAUCUACCUUUUGAGGAAUCCUCGGGCGGCGGCAGGGGUGACGACGACGAAGCCGAGGUCAACCAGGGGUGGUCUUACGACCCGGAAUUCCAUGAGCCGGCCGUGCAGUUUGGCAUCCGUGAGGACCGGUUCUGUCUUUGCGUGGCGAGGGCUACCCAUGAAAUCCUUUCGGUGGACGGCGUGCGGUUGAUGUUGAUCAACGAGGCGACGGUGCGGUGUCAGGUCCCGGUCGAUAAGACUGUGGUCCUCUUUAUGUGUGAGCGGGAUACGAUGGUUGAUUCUAGGGCGCCGAUGAUGGACGGAGUUUCUUCUUCUACUUCUGGUUCUGGGUCUGGUACCCGAUCGGCCCCUCAUGGUGUUGUUGCUACGACGAACAAAACCAAAACCCAGAACCAGGAUCAGAGCGAUACUGGGCUUUGCGACGGUAACGCAUACGCAGACGCAAAAGGAGAAAGCGUAGAGAAAAUUGCGGAGAAGGACAAGGGGCAGCCAAUUUGCUGGGAGGACCGAUGGGGCGAUCUCUACAUGCCGGCGCACUCGGGUCUUUUCACCUUUACGAAUCAGCUCGUCAAGCUAAGGCCCGAGAAGACGGAUAUGCGGAGACGCUAUUUAGAGUCGGCGCUGUUGAAGUCGCCUAAGAGGCCCCUGUAAACUACUGAAAGAGGGGGUUCGAUCGAAUCUUACCGUUUUGGGCUGUGAGUCGGGGGGCUCAAACGGCCAAGGUGCAUUUGACCACAUCAUACAAUGGGAGAAGGUGAGGUCAUAUGUAAGAUUAUACAUAGCAUUCGACAUUGCCUGGGGCUCCGGGGUAGCAAACCAAGGAAGGAGAG